UCAGUCCACUGCGUUUCUCUCUCCUAGUUUCUCUCUCUAAAAAAAAUUGCUUAAUCCAAAUUUCUUUUGCAAUAAACGAAAUUUCUCAAAUUCGUUUGCAACAAAAUUGAAUUCGUCAUCUUACUGUCACACUUCAUCAUUUCCACUUGUGUAAAUUAUGUGCAGAGAUUGUUAAUUAUAUAAUGUUAUUACAAUUCUGUAAUUAUUGAGCUUCGAGCCUCUCUGCGCACCUGAUUGUGUCGUUUUGAGCGUUUUGAUCGUGCCCAUUGUGGCUGAUUAUUGAAUUUAUUGAUUGCAGCUUUUGAUUUUUGUGAAGCAUUUGCGGAAUUUGGAAUUUGGUUAGGUUAGGUUAGGUUGAGUUGGAGAAUUACGGGAUCUGUGGUGAAAUUGAGGCGAAUUUUGAGAAUCUAUGUGUUUUUGUUAGUAUUAGUAAUCAACGGUUUGGAUCCAAUCGGGGUAAAAACAGCGCCAUCUGAUGGCGCUGUUCAGACGGUUUUUCUACCGGAAACCACCGGAUCGCCUUCUCGAGAUCUCCGAAAGAGUUUACGUUUUUGAUUGUUGCUUCUCCACGGAUGUGUUGGAAGAAGAUGAAUAUAAAGUGUAUAUGGGUGGCAUUGUGGCGCAGCUUCAGGAUCAUUUUCCUGAAGCUUCUUUCAUGGUGUUUAACUUCAGAGAAGGGGAAAGACGGAGCCAAAUUUCGGACAUUUUAUCGCAAUAUGAUAUGACGGUUAUGGACUAUCCGCGCCAAUAUGAAGGGUGUCCUAUGCUUCCGUUAGAGAUGAUUCAUCACUUUCUUCGAUCUAGUGAGAGUUGGCUGUCUUUAGAAGGGCAACAAAAUGUGUUGUUAAUGCAUUGUGAAAGAGGAGGAUGGCCUGUUCUUGCUUUCAUGCUUGCGGGUCUUUUGUUGUACAGGAAACAGUACACUGGAGAGCUAAAGACUCUUGAAAUGGUCUAUAAGCAAGCCCCAAGAGAAUUGUUGCACCUUUUAUCUCCUUUAAAUCCACAACCUUCUCAACUAAGAUAUCUCCAGUACAUUUCUAGAAGAAACCUUGGUUCUGAUUGGCCUCCAGCUGAUACUCCGUUAGUUUUAGAUUGCUUGAUGUUUAGAUCACUUCCAUUGUUUGAGGGAGGGAAAGGUUGCAGGCCAGUUGUACGGGUUUAUGGCCAGGAUUCUUCGAAACCAGCUAACAGAACUUCUAAGCUUCUGUUCUCUACUUCAAAGACUAAAAAGCAUGUUCGGCACUACCUUCAGGAAGAAUGUAUGCUGGUAAAAAUAGAUGUCCGCUGCCGUGUCCAAGGCGAUGUGGUUCUUGAAUGCAUCCAUUUAGAUGAAGAUCUUAUUCGGGAAGAGAUGAUUUUCAGAGUUAUGUUUCAUACGGCAUUUGUUAGGGCAAAUAUAUUGAUGCUUAGUCGAGAUGAAAUUGAUGCUAUGUGGGAUGCCAAGGACCAGUUUCCCAAGGACUUUAAGGCAGAGGUACUGUUUGCGGAUGGUAAUGCUGCUGUUGUUCCUAAUGUCAACACCAUCGUCUCGAAUGAAGAUGGGAAUGAGCUAGACUUUGGUUCACCAGAGGAAUUUUUUGAGGCUGAAGAGAUAUUUAGCAAUGCAAUGGAUGCACAUGAAGCAAAAGGGGACUAUAAUACUCAAGCAGAUCAUGGUAACAUAUCUGUUGAUGUAGAGCACAAAGAAGUCUUUAAAGAUACUAUUACGGAUGUAAAUCAGAAAGAGGAUGAGAAGACAGAUUAUGAUAUUGAUGCAGUGAAGGACAUAGCUGUAGAUGAUGUGAAGUACAAGGUGGAUAAGAAAGCGGAUCCUGAUCUUCAAACUGUGAAAGACAUAGCUGUGGAUAAUGGGGAGAAUUCCAUAGUUAUUGCUGUUGAUUAUUCGGCAAAUAAAGACAUAAAGGAAGUGGCGGAAGAUGUGAGUGGGGAAUUUGAAGAGAUGGAAGAUAAAGCUAUUGGGUUAGACAACAGUGCUAUAUCAUCAGAAUCUGUACUUUUCUCGCCAAAUAAAGAAAUCAAGGAAGUGGCAGAAAAUGUGAGUGAAUUCAGAAGGAUGGAAGAUGAAGAUGAUUAUGAAAAUGAUAAUACGAAGUUAUCACAAUCUAUGCUUCCUCAGCUAAAGUUAACUGUUGAUGUUGGAAAGCAGAUAUUUGAGAAGGUAAUACCACCGUCUCCUAGGAGACAACCUUCUUUGAAUAGAAAAACUGCUGCAGAUUCAACUGUUGUGAAACAAAAAAUGAAACAACUUGAGCCUAUGGGAGCAAAUGGAGAACAAGCAAGGCCAAAUACUGUACCUCGUUGGGUUCCCCCCAAUAAAGUCCCUUUUACCAAUUCAAAUCUUGUAGCUCGGCCACCAUCUAGAUAUAAUAGUGCACCUCCUGCUCUUGCUUUCUGUGUUUCUCCAAAAGAUUCUAAUGCCAGUUCUCUUGGGACGGCAACUGAUCCUACCACCGUUGCAGAUUCAGCCCCAGGCAAGGUUGCUUCCUAUCCAGUUAAGUCACCAACUUCUUUUAGCCCCCCAAAUGUGCCUUCUUGUGCACCUCCACCCCCACCUCCACCCCCACCUCAUUCUAGCAGUGUUUUGCCACACAAGAUUCUGGCGAAAGCACCUCCACCUCCACCUCCUCCCCCUCCCCCUCCAACCCCACCCUCUCAUACAUCAUUUAAUGAGCAGAGUGUUGAGAUGGUUCCACACUAUGCAUCUCCUCCUCCCCCUCCUCCUCCAUUAAGCAGGCAGAAUUUUGGGAUAUCAUCACCUGCACCUUCUGCAACGCCUUGGAAGUUUGUGUAUGCUUCGACUACCCCUACUUCAAUUUCAAGUGUUCCGCCACCUCCUCCUCCUCCACCUGUUAAUGCAUCAAUUAUUCCAAAGGUUGGUGGUGUUGUAAUUCCUAAUCCACCUCCAUUUCCACCUAUGGGCAGUACUAUACCUCCCCCUCCUCCUCCACCGCCACUUCCUUCACGAGGAACUCCAUCUCCCCCGCCACCUCCCCCGCCACCACCUUUUUAUGGAGCUCCACCCCCACCUCCACCUCCACCUCCUCCUCCAAGUGGCAUUCCUUUUCCACCACCACCUCCUCUCCGUGGAACCCCACCGCCUCCACCACCUCCUCCAGGACGUGGAGCCCCUCCGCCUCCACCUCCUCCUCCUCCCGGACGUGGAGCCCCUCCGCCACCACCGCCUCCUCCCGGACGUGGAGCCCCUCCGCCACCACCGCCUCCUCCCGGACGUGGAGCCCCUCCGCCACCACCGCCUCCUCCCGGACGUGGAGGCCCUCCGCCACCACCGCCUCCUCCCGGACGUGGAGGCCCUCCGCCACCACCGCCUCCUCCCGGGCAUGGAGGCCCUCCGCCACCACCGCCUCCUCCCGGGCGUGGAGCACCACCCCCACCUCCGCCUCCAGGACGUGGAGCGCCACCACCACCACCACCACCUGGACGCGGGGGAGGCCCACCUCCUCCACCUCCUCCUGGAGGCCGCAUUCCUGGUCCUCCUGCUCCACCAAGACCUCCAGGUGCUGGAGCCCCUCCACCUCCACCAUUAGGUGCUAAAGGAGCUGCAACUGAUACAAGAGGCCUAGCUUCUGGAAGAGGACGAGGAUAUGUACGCCCUCCUGGGAUGGGUCCUACUGCUACAGCACCAAGAAGAUCUUCAUUAAAACCUCUGCAUUGGAGUAAGGUAACAAGGGCAAUACAAGGAAGUUUAUGGGAGGAGCUGCAAAGACACGGGGAGCCUCAAAUCGCGCCUGAAUUUGAUGUGUCAGAGUUAGAGUCCCUUUUCUCUGCAGCAGUCCCAAAAGCUGCUGAUUCAGGUGGUAAAGCUGGAGGAAGACGCAAGUCUGUUGGAUCUAAAGCUGACAAAGUUACCCUGGUUGACCUGAGGAGGGCCAAUAACACUGAAAUUAUGCUUACAAAAGUUAAGAUGCCAUUGUCCGACAUGAUGGCUGCCGUCCUAGCAAUGGAUGAGUCAGUAUUAGAUUCCGAUCAAGUGGAAAAUCUUAUAAAGUUCUGCCCUACUAAGGAGGAGAUGGAACUACUCAAGGGCUACACUGGCGACAAGGAGACUCUGGGAAAGUGUGAACAGUAUUUUCUGGAGCUGAUGAAAGUGCCCCGUGUUGAGUCAAAAUUGAGAAUUUUUUCUUUCAAGAUUCAAUUCCGCUCUCAGAUAUCAGAAUUCAAGAAGAGCUUAAACACAGUAAACUCUGCAUGUGAAGAGGUUCGGAAUUCCAUAAAGUUGAAGGAAAUUAUGAAAAGGAUUCUUUUUUUAGGGAAUACGUUGAAUUAUGGAACUGCCAGGGGUUCAGCCGUUGGGUUUAAGUUGGACAGUCUUUUGAAACUUGCUGAUACCCGAGCUUCCAAUAGCAAGAUGACACUUUUGCAUUUCAUUUGCAAGUCGCUUGCAGGCAGAUCAUCAGAUCUUCUAGAUUUUCACCGCGACCUUGUUAGCUUGGAAGCUGCAUCUAAGAUACAACUGAAAUCUUUAGCAGAAGAAAUGCAAGCUAUAAUCAAGGGAUUAGAAAAGGUAAAGCAGGAACUGGUAUUAUCAGAAAACGAUGGUCCUGUCUCUGAAGUUUUCCGCAAGACACUGAAAGAAUUUGUUUCCAUUGCUGAGACGGACGUCAAAUCUGUAUCAAACAUAUAUUCUGUUGCGGGUAGACAUGCAGAUGCACUGGCACAAUAUUUUGGUGAGGAUCCUGCACGUUGUCCAUUUGAGCAAGUUACUGCGACUUUGCUAAAUUUUGUGAGAUUGUUCCGGAAAGCACACGACGAAAAUGUAAAACAGGCUGAAAUGGACAGGAAGAAAGCUGAAAAGGAGGCGGAGAUGGCAAAAGCAAAGGGGGGAAUAGAUCUUACUAGGAAGACCGUAAAAUAGCUGUACAUCUGUAUAUCGGUUUCUUCUGGUCCCCUGCAUAGCACUUUGAGCUCCCAAGCGCUACAGCAGCUCUGGCUGCAAUGGUUUUCAGUGAAUGGCGGCAAAGUUGCUGGUGAGGAUUGGUCAAAGUUUAUCCGAUCCUAACUUCAAAAUUUUCCAUUACAGCCUGAAAUAAGCCUCACGAAGUGAUAUAGGCUAGUUGGAAAAGCUGUUCCUCGGAGGCUUGUGGAGCUCAAUCGUGGAUAAGUUUCAAUUAAUCAGACAAUGAUCAACGAGUUCAACACGUCAGAUGUAAUGCAUCGCAUCAUAGCUCGGUUAUGAAUGCUGAUACAGCACAUUUCCCCGCUUGAUUUAUCAGGAUGAUGAAUCGCCUCACUCGCAUUAAUCAUACAACAAUUUCUUUGUAGAUUCAGGUUAUUACUAACUAGAGCAGCUGAUCGGUGACUUGAUUUGGUUUCCGGCGUCGACAUUGGUUCAGGGGAAUUUUUUUUGGAGAACCAGAGCGGAUGCCUUCAGAGUAAAUGUAAAACGCAAAGCUUCUCUGUACAUUCUCCGUACCAUGAAACCAUGUACAAAGCUCUAACCCUUCUCUAACAUUAGAUUCAAUUCUUUUCUUGUAACAUAUAGGCAGCAAUUGUAGUUUUUGCUCUGAGUUCCAAUUUUGACCUAACCCGUUCUUGAAGAUGUUGUAUAGAUGUUCAGGUUCAGAUAGAGUUAUUAGAAAAACGGGUUACAUUUAGUGUAAUUGUAUUAUAAUAAUGAAAAUAUAGGUUGCAGAUAGCAAAUUUCUCGUU